AUGGCGUCGAACACCUUCAAGCUCGUCGAAGAGGACUUCAAGUGCUACUAUGACUUCAAGCCCGGGAUGAGGUUCAUCGACAUGAUGCCGGUUAUAGGUGAUGCCCACAAGCUCCGUGAGACCGUCAAGUCCAUGGCUGCCGGCAUCAGGGAGAGACACCCGGAAGGUGUCGACUACAUAGCAGCCAUGGAACUUCUAGGCGUACCCUUCGGAGCUCCGCUGGCCUACGAGCUCGGUUGCGGAUUGGUUAUCAUCCGCAAACCGGGCAAGUUGCCUGGGCCAGUUUACACCACGCACUCGGUAAAAGUGUACGACGAAACCGAUCUCCACAUUCAGAAGGGCGCAUUUCCAGAGGGUGCAAGGGUUAUCCUCGUGGAUGACCUUAUAUAUUACGGCGGUACCCUGGCGGCUGCCUGCAGGCUUUUGCAGAUGGGCGGCGCCAAAGUUCUGGAAUGCGAUGUCAUCGUCGAUCUCCCCUUUCUGAACGGCAGGGAAAACCUCCAAAAGGAGUUCCCCGGAGUAAACGUGUACGGAGUGAUGGAGUUCACUCCUCCAAAGAAUUUGGAAUAG